UCAACUUCAACUCAGACGUUCUUACAUCUCAAGAGUUUUUUCUCAACUUUCAGUAGUCGUUGGGAAGAGAUGCUGCUGCUAAUAGAAUAAUGGAGGGUUCCGACAAGUCCAACGAGUCUCAUGGUAAGAGAAGGCGUAGAGCUUUUCGGAGAAAGCUCGAAGGGCUGAUAUCGGACGGUUUUAUACCCGACACGAAAUCAAAGCUCCAAAGGGCUUUCAACAAGUCGCCCUCCGACCCGCAUUCCUCAACUUCGUCAGCUGAGUCUUCUGACAGCGGCAGAAUACAUGAAAACAGUGAUGGCGGCCCUAGUGGGGGAGAAGGUUCGUCAGAGGGCAAGAACGGCGGCUUGGUCUACGGACAUGUGGCGAUGAUGGGACGGCGGAGAGCGAUGGAGGAUGCAGUGACGGUGGCACCGCCGGGGUGGCUGGCGGGGAAGUACUCUUUUUUUGCGGUCUAUGAUGGCCACGGUGGGGCGGAGGUGGCGGAGAAAUGCAGAGAGAAGAUGCAUAAUUGUCUUGAGAAGCAUAUAGAGAAGGCGAGUAAGAUACCGGAGGAGAAAGAUUUUGAUUGGGAGAAGGUGAUGGAGGACUGUUUUUGGAAUAUGGAUGUGGAGCUUGAUCAAACAGAGAAGAGUGGGGAUGAGGCGGCGGCCGUGGAGGAGGAGAGGAUGAUGGGGUCUACAGCUAUGGUGGUGCUGGUGGGAAAGGAGGAGGUGGUGGUGGCGAACUGCGGGGACUCUAGGGCGGUGCUCUGCCAACGUGGGGUUGCGGUGCCGUUGUCGAGAGAUCACAAGCCUCAGCCUGAUAGAGAGGAUGAGAAGGAGAGGAUUGAAGCUGCCGGAGGAAAGAUCUUAAAUUGGAACGGCUGGCGUGUCCAGGGAGUGCUCGCUACUUCAAGAUCUCUAGGUGAUCGGUAUCUAAAACCAUAUGUAAGUUGCAAGCCUGAGGUAACUGUCGUGAGGCGAUCAGAGUCUGAUGAGUUCCUGAUAAUAGCAACCGAUGGUCUGUUUGAUGUCGUCAGCAAUGAGACUGCAUGUGAGGUUGUGAAAAAAUGUCUCAGUGGCCAAAUUAGGAGGGGGUCUUCGGAGGAAACCAGUGCUUCGGAGGCAGCAGCGACGUUAGCUGAGCUAGCCAUUGCCAAGGGAAGCAGAGAUAAUAUCAGUGUCAUUGUUGUACAACUGAAGUGAAGCUGCAACGGGUUUCUUUUUCGUGUUUAAUCUAUAUUUCUGUUAUGUUAGUACUGGUAAGAGUGCAAGGUCUGACGUACAGAAAUGCAUUGGGUUGCAUUAGUUUCAUUGCGUUUUUAACCGGUUUUGUCGUUGUAAUUAAUGACAGGUUCUUACUGUUGAGACUUGACAGUAUGUCGUCAUAUUUGAUGCUAUGUCUAGGGUCUGACUAAGAGGCGCUCCAUGAGAGAUACGACCGUGUAAGUUCCUGGUUAAGCCGAGUUUUGUAGUUGUCGACGAAGAAGAGUUAGCUAGUCGAAGCAUUAGAGUAAUCUGCCAACUUGAAAACUUGCAUUUGCUUUGUUUUGAAGCCGUGUGGAAAUUUUAAUCUUGUUGUACAUAUCAAACUAGUAAGAGUAUGAUGUUCUUUUCGUUAUUCAUUUCUUUGUAGGUGUCUAGUAGUUCAUUAGCAUCGAGCAUUUAAAAUGUAGGGGAAACCUGUUGGAUAUUUCAGAUUGAAUUUUGUAUUACAAAUUAUAUUGUUGUUGCACUUACCAUAUAUAUGACACGUGUAUAAAACCUUUCCUUAAGAUCCCAUCCAACAAACCUGUCCUAAAGUUGCAAUGUUUUUUCAUGACAUCUUUACAUCCAGAAGCAUAAAGAGAGAGCAAAUCCAGUGAACCCGAAAAGCAUAGGGAGUAGGAGAGGUUUUUGCACAAACUAUAUUCACCUUGAAAACAAAUGUUGUAAAGAUUACAACAUCAAAACAUAAAAGAAACUCAACUCAAGCCUGCUAUGAAAGUACAAAUAAGCGAAAAAAAAAAGACUCAUCACUUUUGUU